AUGCAUUUCCAAGCUGGUCGAUGGAGCUUUUUGCUUGCGUUUAUAUCUGCAUGCUUGUUUGCUUCGGUCGAAUCCACUCAGGAUUUCUCGGAUCGCGAUUUGAAAUCGACCUUCACAUUUGACCAGCUCUGGAAACUCGAAAACGAAUUUUGGGAUGCCUUUCUCUACCCUGCAAAUAUCGAGCAGACGAAAGGCGACGCGUCGACUAUUUUCGCAUCGGAUGUUCAAGGCCGUGUCGAUAUCACCCGCACCUUCAAUGGCGACGAGCUAAACCGCGAAUACAUCUUCGGCCUAUUCGCAGAUCCGAACCACGUCAGUAUUGUCGGUGUCCCGAUCGCAUAUAACAUCACUCAAUUUGUCGCGAAUGACAAUAUCGUAUCCGCGACAACGGUCGUCACCUACAACGUCACGACUUUCGGCGUCCUCCUGCCAGUGACGAUUGACACAUGGAUCGAGUUCAAUCAGGACGGUAAAAUCGCACAGUAUGAUGCCACAUUCCGCUGGUUUGACUACUUCCUUGACUUCCUGCUUGAGGGAACCGCAAAAAAAAUAAAUGCCACCUCGCCCGACCAGGCUGUCGCCUAUGUUGCUGAUUUGCUAGCCACGACCAUCUGUGAUACACACGAGCAGCAUUGCACGGGCUCGAAUCAGCAGUAUUCGGACCACCAAAGUUGUUAUGACUAUUUGACUAAGACUUUGCGAUUUGGAAAAUCAUACGAGAUGGGUCGUAACACCUUGCUAUGUCGUGAGGUUCAUGAGCAUAUGGUGCAGUACCGGCCCGACGUGCAUUGUUCGCAUAUCGGUCCUGGUGGUGGUGGGUACUGUGUUGAUGAUAUGGACUACACGCAAACUGUGCUACAGAAGUACUUUAAUAACUCUUGGAUUCCGUUUGGAUAUGGCGCUGAUCAGAAUAUUUGGCUUGCCAACUGA